AUGCGUAGCUCAAGAAGCUUUAUCAGACGUGAAGUCAUUGGUAAUAGUACGGACGAUGAAAAACAUUUUAAUGAGCUAUCUUGUACUGCCAACCAUAUAAGACAGUUGAGCGGAAAUAUGGUGAUGAACAAAGAAGGUUCUGGACCAUUUUCUUUAAGAGCGCUUACUGAAGACCUAGUAGGUUCGACUGAUGAGGUUGCGAGCCACUCUAGAGCUGAAACAGCUACUCCUAAUCAGAUAUAUUUAGAUUUGGAUCAAAUCAAUAAGAUCGUUUCUGAGAGCAAGAGAAAAUUUGGACUAGACGGGUGUAUGUAUUUAAAGGAAGGUGGAUAUAUUCACCAGUUAACUGACGUAGAGUACAUUUCAGAAGAGGAGGGUCAUUUUAAUAAUAAACUUUAA